AUGAUCGCUCCGGUCGCUGGCAACCCAACUCGAGCCAAUGUUUUAUUCCAUCCCCCGGCGCUGACCCGAUGCCUCUGUUCGGGACUCUUACAGGCAAUCGCUUGCUUGAUGGACAUGAAUGCGCUGCUGGACCGGUUUCACAAUUACAUCUUACCGCAUCUGCGAGGGGAGGACCGAGUUUGUCACUGCAACUGUGGGAGGCAUCAUGUCCAUUACGUCAUUCCAUACGAUGGGGACCAAUCCGUGGUGGACUCCUCGGAGAACUACUUUGUGACUGACAAUGUAACCAAGCAAGAGAUCGACCUGAUGCUGGGACUUUUGCUGGGCUUUUGUAUAAGCUGGUUCCUGGUGUGGAUGGAUGGUGUCCUGCACUACGCCGUGCGAGCCUGGCGGACCAGCCGGCGGUAUGACAACUCCUGGUCCUGGAUUCCAAAAUUUUGUAACCUAAAGGAGUUCAGGAAACGUCACCACCGGCAGUACGAGGAGGCGACUGGGAACAUGGUUCACAUCAAGCAGAAGCUCUACCACAACGGGCACCCCAGCCCACGGCACCUCUGAGGACGGCCUCCUGCCAGGGACUCCAGUGAGGUUUUAAAAAGGACUUUGCUCCUCUUCCACGGGAACCGCUGUGAGUUUGCUCCUCUGUGGAAGCCAGUGGAGGAUGUAAUUUUAUUUCUCCAUCCCGUGUGCCCUUGUGGCACAACAUGAUGCACAACUAAGCCAAUCCUGGAUACUACGCAGCCAAGACAUUGCACUGUGUUCCACAUUUUAUCGUCAGACUCGUGUACAUAUGUAAAAAGCAAACUAACGAACAACAAAAACAUAAACAGAGAAGAGAGAUUUGAAUUAUACUUUCAAACCCUUUUUUUGUGGCAUUCAUGGCUGUCCUGCCCAUCCUGCUGCUCUCUCAGAGUGGCGACCAAGGCUGCAGAGGUGGGAUCAUGUGCAGUGUUCCUCACUUGAGAGCUAGAAGUCRCCCAUUUCUUUGGUCUUUUGGUUUGGUUUUGCUUUGCUCUGGUUCCUCCUGCUAGGAUGGCUGGGUGAGUGAGAGGUUUGGAUGGGGAUUCCUGUCAGCUAGCUGUGAACGCUCAUAUCCCUUUUACUCUGGUCUGUAUUUUUUGAGAACUGCAGUGGGAGAAGAAAGUAAGUCCUGGAAAUAAAUAACUGAUUUUUCUUUGCGUUGCUGUACCCUGAAACCUGCCUUAAGUGAUUGAACACAUCUCAGCACCACAGGGUAUCAGCCCGUUGAGCCGGGCUGGUGCUCCCUGUUUUGCGCCACUUUGAUGGUUGUGGUACCUCGCUCCACUCUCCUUCGUUAAUGCUAAAGAGGAGGAUUUGACCCAUUAGCUUCAGUGUAGCUGCUCCUGAUAUAUCAGGAACUGCUCCUUACUCUCUUAGAUGGUGAAGCCCUGGCCAAUACCUCCCCAGAAAAGUGGCAGCUCGGUGAGAAAGUCCCAUUAACCAUCUGUGCUUCCUCCCCUUCAUCUCCCUCCUUGUUUUACCUCUCUGAGCUCAGAGAGCAUUUUAGCGUCUGGGCUUGGCUUGAGGGACACAGAGAAUCUGUGGCUCUGAAGCUAAACUCAUCUCCAGAGUCAAAUGCUUCAAGAAUGGGUUGAAUUGAAGUAUGGGGAUGCUCUAAGAGGGUUUAGCCUUGGCUUCCCAUGGUGGCCGUUUAAGUGCAGGUUUCAGUAUGUCCAUUCAGUGGCUUGAGAUCAGCCUCCUCAUGCAGAGAUGUCCUUAAAUUCAUACCAGAGCUGUUGGAAGGAGGGUGGUUUGAUGAAGCCCCUGUGCCAAUGCGUGUGGUGGUACCUGAUGUUCAUGGCAGGCCUGCUGUGCCGGGGAAAGGCAGCAAGCGGCCCUGCUUGCAUGGCGUGGGCAGCAGCAGAGCUGCAGGUUCUAAGGGGAAGAGAAAAUCUUAAGCAGAGAAACGUAAGGGAGAUCCAGCCCCAAGGAUUCAAGGGGAUAGCCCUCAAAUUUAUCCGUUCUGCCUCUUUUUGUAUUGAGUGGGCUUGCAUUUAACUGAGAAAAAACCCUCCAAACUGAGCAGAUGAUGAAUGCUACCAGACAUGGACUAUUUCCUCCUGUGAAUUCCCUGUCUCUCUCACUAGUCUCCCAUAGUUUGGUUGCAAUGUCUGUGUAGGAGAAAGGACACUGUGACAUCCUCCUCGCUCCCUUUCCUCCCUUCUCCAGCUUCCCUCUUGUUUUUCCCUAGGACCUGUUCAGUUAUAAAGAGUCCCCAAAGCUGACAAGAAUACCGGUUCUUUGCCAUUCCUCUCUUUGCUAUUCCAUAGUGCCUCUUGUCUCGCAGCCUGUGUUUCUGUCUGGGUCUAAAUAAUUGCGUAGUCUCUACGUGUGUCCGUCUGCUUUUAUGUCUGUCAUUCAGUGCUUCCUAAGGCUGUUAUCUGCAGCCACCUUUUGGCAUCUAAAGAAUGACUUUUCCUUUAGCGGAUUGUUUCUAAGGCACGAGGUUUUGUGACCUCCCUCGCUAUAGGAGCUCUGUGCCCUUGGCCAUAUGGACCCAUCCUCAGUUGCCCUAGGACACUCAUUUUGGUCAUGUCACUUGUUCUGUGCCAGAUAAAGACCUGUGGCGUUUGUCUUUGUGCGAUGCCACUUGCUUAGUGGACAGGAAAGAAAAUGGAGCAGGUGCAGGUCCUGGACACGUCUUCAGCUCUGAGUUGAAGAUGGGACAACUUUUUGCAGGGGAGGAAAUUCCAUCAUGCUAAGGGCAAAUAUCCAGUCCCAGGAAUCAGCUCGGGGAGGAAAAAUGCACUUUAAAUAGUCUUUCCACUUCAUGCCUCUCACAGGAGAGAAGUAAGCCAGUGAUUUAAGCUCAGACUGAACCAAGAGCCUGGCUUCUCCUUGCUCUAGCAGCUGACCUUAGCUGAAACAUGAAAUUUUAAUUUCAUAGUGAAAUUGUAUUUAAUGCAAUGUUAAACUUACAGUUGCAAAAGGGUGAAAUGAUGCCUCGCAAUGAUCAAGUCUGCUCCACACCAGAAUUUCAGGAAAGGGGGAUUGAGGCACUGGAAGAAAAAGAAAAAAAACCUUCAUGGUGCAUAUUUCCAUAGUAUAAACCAUUGUUUAUUAAAAWAAAUAAAUAAAUAAAUAAAACCUGCCAUGGCUGCAGAUGUACCUCUAUACAAGAGAGACAUGAGGUAGAAGAGGCAACUGUGCUCUGAACAUUGCAAGACCCUGGUGCCAGCAAGGUGCAGCCGCAAGCAGAAUUGCUCCCUCUCGUUCCACUCUCCUCUUUCCUUGCUUUGCCCGGUGCUGCGUGUGGGGAUUGCUCCUUGUUUCACCGUGUGAGACAUUGCUUGCCGUUCUCUUUGU